GGGCGGCUCGCACGGCGGCCCCUCCUCGGGGAGGCCGGCUGCAUGGGCAGGCGCUGCGGGGCACCGUGGUCGCCGGCCUCGCCGGCAGAGCGGCUCCCGGGCACCAGUUUAGGUUACUGCUGAUUUGAUCCUCUGGAAUCUGCAGAAGGAAGGUCAGCCAGCCGCUGCGAAUAGCAGAGUAACAGGAGUGGAGCUCUGGAGCAGGAUCGCUGAGAGAUGUGUGAACACGCAUAAGCACAGCUGAGCUGUCAAGUAUUUCUGCCUCAGACCUGGGCUUGUUCCCCAGGCAGGGUUUGCGUGGGGUGUAAUAUCUUCUGAUACCUGGAGAUGAUGUCGGUUGAAGGGUCUACAAUAACAAGUCGGAUCAAGAACCUCCUUCGCUCCCCCUCCAUUAAGCUGAGAAGAAGCAAGCCUGGGAACAAGCGUGAAGAUAUAGGCAAUAAGGUGACUUUGGAGAAGGUGCUGGGGAUAACUGUGUCGGGAGGCAGAGGAUUAGCCUGCGACCCCAGAACUGGCCUCGUUGCUUAUCCAGCUGGGUGUGUUGUUGUGCUGUUCAACCCUAGAAAAAAUAAGCAACACCAUAUUCUAAACAGUUCCAGGAAAACAAUUACAGCACUUGCUUUCUCUCCAGAUGGAAAAUAUUUGGUUACAGGAGAGAGUGGGCACAUGCCAGCUGUUCGGGUGUGGGAUGUGGCCGAACGAACCCAAGUGGCGGAGCUCCAGGAGCACAAGUAUGGGGUGGCCUGUGUGGCGUUCUCUCCCAGCUCCAAGUACAUUGUGUCUGUGGGGUACCAACAUGACAUGAUAGUCAACGUGUGGUCAUGGAAGAAAAACAUUGUAGUGGCAGCCAACAAAGUCUCAAGUAAAGUGACAGCUGUGUCAUUCUCAGAGGACUGCAGUUACUUUGUCACUGCUGGAAAUCGGCACAUUAAGUUCUGGUACUUAGAUGACAGCAAGACCUCCAAGGUCAAUGCCACAGUCCCCUUACUAGGUCGCUCAGGAUUGCUUGGAGAACUGAGGAACAACUUCUUUGCAGACGUGGCAUGUGGAAGAGGCAAAAAAGCCGACAGCACCUUCUGUAUCACAUCUUCAGGCCUGCUGUGUGAAUUCAAUGAAAAAAGGCUGUUAGACAAAUGGGUGGAGCUAAGAACUACUGUGGCAAACUGCAUCUCUGUGAAUCAUGAUUACAUCUUCUGUGGCUGCGCUGAUGGCACCGUACGGAUUUUUAACCCUCUGAACCUUCACUUUGUCACCACACUGCCGAAGCCGCAUUUUUUAGGAACAGACAUCGCAAGUGUGACUGAAGCCAGUCGUCUUUUCUCCGGUACGGCUGAUGCGAAGUAUCCAGACACAAUUGCCUUGACCUUUGACCCCACCAACCAGUGGCUUUCCUGUGUGUACAAUGACCACAGCCUGUAUGUAUGGGAUGUCAAAGACCCGAAGAAAGUGGGCAAGGUCUACUCUGCUUUGUAUCACUCGUCCUGUGUGUGGAAUGUUGAGAUGUAUCCUGAGGUGAAGGACAGCAAUCAGUCAUGCCUUCCCCCUGGUUCUUUCAUCACCUGCUCCUCUGACAACACCAUUCGUCUGUGGAACACUGAGAGCUCCAACAUUCAUGGCACCGCCUUGCACCGCAACAUCCUGAGCAAUGACUUGAUGAAAAUCAUCUAUGUAGAUGACAACACUCAGGUACUUCUGGACACAGAUUACAACUCAGGGGGAAGUGCAGACAAAGCUGAUACACAAGUGAUGGACACAAAGGUGGGGAUACGCACUGUCUGUGUGAGUCCCAGUGGGGAGCACCUGGCCUCGGGGGACAGGAUAGGCACUCUCAGGAUAUAUGAAUUGCAGUCUCUGCAGGAAAUGCUGAAGGUAGAAGCUCAUGACUCUGAGAUUCUUUGCCUGGAGUACUCCAAACCUGACACAGGGUUAAAGCUCUUAGCCUCAGCCAGUCGGGAUAGAUUGAUUCAUGUCUUGGAUGCUGGAAAGGACUACAGCCUGCAGCAGACCCUGGAUGAACAUUCUUCUUCCAUCACUUCUGUGAAGUUUGCAGCCAAUGAUGGGAAAGUGCGAAUGAUAAGCUGUGGGGCAGACAAGAGCAUCUAUUUCCGCACUGCGCAGAAGACAGGGGAAGGAGUUCAGUUUACCCGAACACAUCACAUUGUUAGGAAGACCACUCUAUAUGACAUGGAUGUGGACCCCAGCUGGAAAUACGCAGCUAUUGGCUGUCAGGAUCGUAACAUCAGGGUUUUCAACAUAAGCAGUGGGAAGCAGAAGAAGCUGUACAAGGGAUCCCAAGGUGAAGAUGGCACCCUCAUCAAAGUACAAACGGAUCCCUCUGGGCUUUAUAUUGCAACCAGUUGUUCUGACAAGAACCUCUCCAUCUUCGAUUUCUAUUCGGGCGAGUGUGUUGCAACCAUGUAUGGGCAUUCAGAAAUUGUGACUGGGAUGAAAUUCAGUAAUGACUGCAAACAUCUGAUCUCUGUUUCUGGUGACAGUUGUAUCUUCAUCUGGCGUCUGAGCUCAGAGAUGACCAUCAACAUGCGGCAGCGACUAUCUGACAUGAAGCAGAGAGGAAAGCAGGCAGAAAAGUCUCCUCCACAUAAGACAGCUGGACUUAUGAGGCAUGAAUCCAUCUCUGCCCUAUCCUCUGUGCCAGCACUUUCAUCGGACAGCGACAAGGAUGGUGAAGAUGAAGGGAAUGACGAAGAUGAAUUAAGUGGGCUGCAGUCUUUCCACGUUCAGUCCAACUGCAACACUGAGAGAGACUCAGAUCCAGAUCUUACCCUCUCAAGAAGCCUUUCCCAUUGGGAAAUGAGGAGGGCCAAAGAGAUAGCAGCAAUCCAGCGUUCAGAGGCACCAAUGAGCAAAGUGCCUCGACAACGUGGGCGCUGGUCCCAGCCAACCAACAAUAUAGAAAUGACUGUGAAAUCCAUGCUUGACUUGCGUCAGUUGGAGUCUUUCUCUGUUUCCCGUUCUCCAAGUCGAGAUUCAUUGUCUCAAAACAGCAAUGGGGAUGAUAGAGAAGAACAGGCAGAUGUCCCCGUGCAUAUCAACACAGUUGGAGGCUCAAUAGCUCCCCAAGACAACCGAUCUUGUGUACGACCUCAAGUGAUUCGGCUUCUGUCUUGUGAAGAGGGGAUUUUCUCUCAGGAACUGGAACCAUCUGAGAGUGAGGAGUGUGUAAUCUACCCUGAGCAAGAUGAAAUCCAUCCCACAGACCCUAGCAGCGAGUACCAGGUAAAAGCACUGCCCCAUGGGAAGCUAAAUAGAAGUUACCAGAGCAAUGGAUGUCCAGACAAACACAGUCCAGACAGUGCCUGCUCUGUAGAUUACAGCAGCAGUCGUCUUUCCAGCCCAGACCAUCCAAAUGAAGAUUCUGAAAGCACUGAGCCCCUGAGCGUGGACGGCAUCUCAGAUCUGGAGGGAGAGGAAGGAGAGGAGGAUGUGGGUACCAACAUGCCAGUGGGAGAAAUUCCUCAGACACCUGAUCAGGAGAAGUUCCUCAAGCAGCAUUUUGGGACCCUGGGCAGCACUGAUGGAAAAGGUGGUUCAUGUAGGAGUCUGGAAAGAACUGAAAACCUCAGCAUCUCAUCUCGCUUUCUUUCCCAAUCUCCAGCUCUCAGGCGCUUGUCACUUUCCUCAUCGAAUCUGAUACUGGAUUCAAAGUCCAUUGAGUCUCCAGCUCCAACCAGUCGGUUUACUCAAGACCUGUUGAAAAAUGACAGCAGCCAUCCUGCUGAUUCUUUGGAAAACAACCACCUCUUGGAUAAUGUAAAUUUGCAUCGGGCUGUUUAUGCCCAGAAAAAACGCAAGUCAGCCUUGGAGACCAGCAGAGUUGGUAUGGCUCCUGGACGAGUUAUUGCAUCCUUUCCAGAAGGCCCUGUGAAUGCAGUGAUGAGAAAGGCACAGUCAGUUCACGACCUUGUUCAUGAGGAUAAGGGUCCUGGAGUGAUAUCUUCUGCCAAGCAGCGUCCUCAUACUCUUAUGGUGGUUGAGAAGGAUCCCAGACCUAAUAAUUGCAGGGCGUUAUCAUCCAGUCUGUUGAAGAUGGAUGGAUCUGGUGCUCUGCUGGCCAAAGAUGUCAGGGCUGCAAAACCAAAGUCCUACAUGAACCCUACAACCAGCUUCCGGGCUAAGAUGUCAAGGAGCAUAUCUGUAGGGGAAAAUCUGUACCUUGGUUACUCCACCGAUGUGUUGACUGAUGGGAGGACUAGCCCUCCAGCGGCAGAGAAGACACAGUUCAGUCCCACAGCAGACGCUGAGAAGAUGAAGUUAACAGUAAAAGAAAAUUAUCCAGUGAAGCCAGCACUUCAGCCAGUUGUAAACUGCUUGUCUCCCAAGUCCUUUCACAGCAAGUUGGCAUCAUCAAACCGAGCACACCUGAUUCUCGACAUUCCUAAGCCAUUGCCUGAUAGACCCACACUGGCCUCCUUCUCACCCACUACCAAAACCAAAACCCUGCUUGAGCCACAGUCUCCACAGUCACCUGCUGGGGCCUGUAAAAAGAAACCCUCAUUCCCUGAGGUCCGAACCUCCAAGAAGGAGAAUCAAGCUGCUGGGUCUCUGGUUCCUGGUAGAGAGAAUUCAACAGGACUUGCUAAGGAGAGCCCAGUAGAGAGUCCAAUUUCAAGGACAGGUUGCCAGUUUGAGCCAGGGGUCACAAAUCUAAAACUGAGGGAGUUUUCAGAGGUCCGGCAACUGAAGUCUCCUGAAAGCACACUGCCCAGGUGUAAGGAGAGGACCACCGGCAUCGCCUGUGUGCUAGACAACCAACCUGGACUUUGCCCACUAGACCCCAUCAGGCCGAGGUCUCCUACAUCUGUAACUGCCUUGGCACAGGUCUCAGGUGUGCAUGGAUACCCAUCUCUUAUCUUCCCCCUUCUGUCUCCUGUCUUUGUGAACCGCCUCACGAUCCCAUCACAUUUCUUUACGUCCAGCUUCUGGCCUGUCUCGUCCUGUCUGCACCUGUCUCGUUCCAUAAGUCAUCCCCUCAAUGAAUUGAGCAUCAGUGUGGAGCAGUGUGAGCAUGUGGUAUCUGAGCUCCAGGACAGCAUGCGCAAAGCUAUUCAUCUUUACCGUGCGGUGCUAAAUGAUACAGAGUCAUCUACUGACAAAGAUAAAAUAGCAGGCCUCCUGACAGAAACAUUUUCCUUAAUGAAGAAAGAGUUGGACUCCCUGAAGGAUGAGGAAGAAUUGCCAAAGGUUAAGGAGGUACUGACGAAGCCACAAGAUACUGCUAGGUCACUAAAUGACAAAUGUGGUGCCAAUCUACCAAGUCCCAAGAGUUUAGGAGAUGAGCAGACACUAGCUUUACUGGAACAGUACUCAGAGUUAUUGUUACAAGCUGUGGAACGACGCAUGGACAAAAAACUCUAAAAGUGGUGUCUUUCAGGUGUUUGUGAAUAUACAGAAAUAAUCCGAAGAGGAGGACCACAGAGAGUUCUUCAGACCAAUGCCAUCAUCACACUGGUCUAGAGCUGGUGGGGUGACCUUUAUAAACUGAUUUCCUCAGGCCCCUACAGUUGACUUGCUCUAAUUCUUAGGAAUGUGCUGGGCACAGUUUUAACAUUUUUUUCCCAAUUGUCUUCAACUUCCUGUCUCUAGAUCGUCUCUAGACAAAAUUUUGAAAGGAGUUUGGAGAAAUUGUCUUGAAAUUUCUUCAUAGCCAGGAGAUCAGGAUGUUUGGCGUCUAAAGAAACAGAGAAAAUCUCAUUUAUCCAAGAAAUUCUGAACUGCGGACUGAAAACAAAAGAGUCCAAGUGAAGCCAAUCCCUUCUUCUCCAAAGCUGUAGGAGAAUCAAGAAGCAGACUUUUUAUGGGUUUAUUUAUUAAUUUAUUUUUUCUGACUGUUGCUCUAAUGUCACGUUUGUGACUAGUAUCUAUCCUUUAACAAAAAAAAUUGUCAAUCUCUUGCCAUAUCCCAGCGAGAAACAAUCUCUGUAUUAUAAAUCUCCAAGAGGGAGACAGGCUGGAGUGUCUGUGCAAUUAAUGAAUCUGUUUCUGCUUAAAUUUUGUCUUGCUGUUCUUUCUUUUCCUUCCAUAGUUUACUACUUGGAGUAAUCCUGCUGUUGUUUUGACUACUCUUGUCUGCUUUUCUCUUUGUUUCACAAGACAGUCCUCAUACCUGUAUUUUAUCUGCAUUCGCCUCCUGGGGAAAGACUCCACAACCCUUGGGCCAAGCUUUGGAGUUUGUCUAACAAAAUCAGUGGUAUUUUUUAAUCUGGAAUUUGAUAUUAUGUUGAUAUUCUCUAGACUAGGUUUUUCUGCAGACAUUUUAAAAAGGAAGCUAUACAUAAAGAGGAAAGUUCAUUUCAGCCACCUUUCACAGUUAGGAAUUGGUUAUCAACUUUGAUGUUAUAAUUACUGGGAAAUUUGGGGAUAUGAUUUAUUUGUGGAGAAAUCACACUGAAAGCCUGGUUUCCAACAGCAUAACUCUGGAGUUGAGAGAUCUUCAGUACAACUACUCAUCCAUAUGAUUUGUUGAUUUCACUGUCUUGAUAGAAGAUUUUUUUUUCUUGUUCCAGGAAAACAGAAUACUUACAUCUCAAGAAAGCUGGGAUUCUUGUCCAUUUUGUAAUUCUGUUCCAGCUACCCAUAAAAAAUGGUUUACCAGGAACGUACCAAAACAUUUUUGAAUGUGAUUAUUGCCAUUCCCACCCCCAGCCUCUCUUAAUUAAUUUCUUAAUUGACAAAUGGAAAAUCAUCUCCUCUUGCAUUUGUAUGUACAAUACUCUUCUCACGUUCUCUAAGACCGUGCUAACUUUUAUUUGUUAAGACUUAAAACUGUCCAAUGAUAUUUUAUUAAUCAACAGUAAGCUAUAAAACAAACAAAAAAAACCCCACAAUGAACCAGCAGAAAAACUCUUCAGUACCUUCCCUCAUAAUUCUCACUCCUUUCCACAAUCUCCUGAUUUACUUGCAUUUAUUUUAAGGCAGAGCAGUGUGUACUUCCCAUUUAUACUCCCAGUUUAUAAAACUAAUGCAAGUAACAAGCUUUCAUGUGAAUGAGAGAAUGCUAGUAUCUGUGGUGCUCACUUAAAGCUAGACUGCAUCAGUUUGUUCUGUAGGUUGAAAGCUUGAAGUAGUCGUCUUUCAUUUUGCUGUCCUGGCUGUCAUCUCUCUGAAUCCUUAUGGCACUUGGAAAUGCUGUCUGUUGGUUUGCUUUGCUUUCUCUUUCUGUGACUGGGGAUUUGCAGUGCAGCCUUUUUUUUUUUUUUUUACUACUGGGCCAGCCAGACUGGUGUAGGAUGGCUUAUUUCUUCUGUAUACUCUAGGGCUGAAUUAUCUGCAGUUGUCACUAUUCCCUUGCCUGAUCACUACUGCUCAGUGCUUUGCAAUGUGACAGUACAUGGAGCACUUCCAGAACUUUCCAACUGCUUCUGUCUCUAAUGUAAAUCUGCCUCAUUGAGUGUUACAGUUGUCCUUGCUAACCUUUCUUUCCAUGGAUUUGUACUGAAACUUUAGAAGCGGUAUCUUCUAGUCCUGUCUCAUCAUUGUGCUAUGCUGAACUGAUUGGUGUGCUGGGUCCCAUAGGCAGAGAGGUUUUUGUGAAGACAAAUUGAAAAAUAUAGAAACUUUCUGUCAGUUUCCUUGAGUAAAAAGGUGUGCUGGAGAUGCUACAAGUGGAGUGUCUGGUGGCAGUGGUGCUGGGCUGUGAUGGAGUUAGUGUGAGUCAAGCUUGCUUUUGGGAUGAUUAGUUCCUCCUCUUUCAGACUGUGAACAUAUGUCCUAGUAACUUCUUGCUGUACUGGGACCUCAAGACACUCAGGUAAAAUAGCAGCCCCUUCAACCCAGGUAUCUUUUGGUACUGAAGAUUAUGGUUUGAGGGAGCUUUAUUCUACUUCCUUGUGCAGUUUUAUUAUCCAUUUCAUUAUUUCAUUUAUGAGGUAGUGGCAAAAAUGGUCAAAGAGAGCCAGUGGUCAGAGCAAAGUUCACAUCAAACUGUAGGGCAACAGCAACCACUGAAACUGGCAUAGUGAUACAAUUCAACGCUCCUUGGAAAGAAGACAUGUGAAGCAAAUAGGAUUUUUAAGCUGAUCAGAGUAGGUUUUGCUUCCUGGAUUGGAUUUCGCUUGGGCAUCAUGGCUGCAUGCAGGAAACCAGAGGUAAAUUCUGCCUGGAAUGAUGGUAAAAGAGGCAUCAGGCAAGUGGAUGAGCUGAAGGAGGGUGGUUGUGUAGUUUAAAGUAGAAUAGUAUAUGUAGGACAUUCAGGAAAACAGAGUAGAGGUAGAAAUGGCCUUGGUCCAAAGAACAUUGUUUGGCCAGUAACCAUUUAAGAUAAAGUAUAGAAAAGCUUCAGGAAAGUAGAUUUAGGACUGAGGUGGUGAUCUGUAAUUGCUGAAUGAAUCAGAAGGUGUUUUUAAAAAUAUCCUAUCAGGCCUCUUGUUUCUUUGCUUGCUGUCCUCUAAGCAAAUGUUUAUUAAAAGGCAAAAGUGUCAGCUGGUUGCCCAAGGUAUGGAAGUUAACUGAGAAUUCAGUUGAAGAGAUGCUAGUGCCACAAGUGUGUUGAUGCUUAGUAUUUGAGAUGAAUGCAACCGUCUCUUUACUGCUAAGUUCCUAUUGUUAGCAGUGGGAAAUAAUCCUAAAAGUUCUAGUUUACAGUGCAAAGCACAAAUGGGAUAGAUUCUGUUGCACGCUGUGAAUGCGAUUUGCUACAGGUUCUGGGUGAGGCCAGGCAGAAAAACAAAAUAAUUGCUUAGAAAGUGAAAAGGUCUUUGGGAGAAGGUAGUGAGCUUGAACCUAUCCCUCUACUGGUUUGUGAUCCCUCAUUCAGGUUUGUGUGGGUGUUAGAACAGGUAUAACCAGAGACCUGUACAACGAGUUGGUUGUUUAGCAUAGUCUGUAUUAAGAAUUUAGACUUACCAUGCUUUUUGUCCUCUCAUACCCAGCAUUUCUGGUCAAAAUGAGAACUGUGUAUUUUCCCCCAUCUUGCUUAUAUAAAUAGCAUUGCUGUAGGACCCUUGCUUUGCUCGUAGGCCUCUGAGGUGAUGCAGGGGGAGGGCAGCAGGCUCAGUGUUCUUCCUGGGCAGCGGCUGCAGCCUCCUUCAGCGUGCCCAGACUGUGUGUUUACAUGGCUCCGUUGUUUCUCCUGCCUCUUCUCUCAGGUGUCUCCUUUCUCUUGGCUCUCCCAGGUGACAGUUAGGGCAGGCCUUAGAGCUCCUUCACCAAAACCCCCCUUUUUGCAGAAUCCAUCGCACCCUUGUAAAGAAACACCCUCAUUCUCUGGAGCAGAAACGUACAAACUUUUAAUUUUUUUAAAGAAAGAAUAUGUAUAUAACUAUCUAUAAGAAAAAAAAUACAGUUAUUUAAACACUAUUGGUAAAUUCAUGCAUGUAUAUGGUGUUCCCCUUCCUCCCUGCCUCCCCUUCCCCUGGAUGUGCAGCAUCCGGAACGCUAAAUGACAGAAACCUCAUUGAAAUAAGCGGCAGGUCUUGCGCUGCCCGUGGGUGAGCAGGUGCUGCUUUCUGUGGCUGAGCUGUUCUUACAGUGUAGGUUGUGGGCUGUGUGCUCAGGUGGGGCCCUGCUGUAAGGAUGGGCAGGCACCGGGCAGCAACUCUAGGAAUAAGCCAUGUCCUCUCUGCAUGUCGUGUGGGCACCUGACAACUCUCUGGAGGUCAGGUCAACACUGCCCUUCACCUGUUUAAAAUAGGGGGGAAAAAAUAAAAUAAGUUAUAUUCUCUUGAUUUAUUUAUAAAUGUUUUUAUACUUCUCCCUCUAAGUGAAAUAAUCCGUUUAAAUGUCGUUUUUCUGAAUUUGUAGAAAUAAAAACCAUUUGCUUUUUUUUUUUUUUAAUUUUUAUUUUUCCCCCACUGUGAAGCGCCCUGUGCGGCAGCUGUUUUUAACUCUGUAUUCAUUUGUACUCCGUGUCUUAGAACUGUUUCAAUAAAAACGUGGUCAUUUGGUACA